ACAUUGCAUAUUGUGAAUAAGUUGUUCUGGUCGCCAAUUUCAUGUGCCUUGGUCGCAAUUUCGUAAACGGUUUUCUUGGCUAUAAAAUUUUUCUUUUGAAUUCAAGAGUUAUGUACGUUUUUCUCACGCCGAUCCUUGCGUUUUACUAGACUAAAUCCCAUCAGCCCUUAUUGGAUUUAAGUAAUUCCGCAAAUACUGAGGCGAUUGCUUUAACUUUUUCAUACAGAAAUCUAAGAGAGAAUCAAUUGGAGAAUGGGUGAUCACAGACUAUUGGACACAAGUCAGGUUAUCAAUGGCAUUGCUGUGUUGCUAUCGUUCUUCGUUGGCUACAAGUACGCCUUAAAGCGACAUGAUGUUAGUGAAGAUGCUAAGAAGAGUACCGAUGAAGGAAGGGGGGACACCGUCGCCCCCCAGGAAGGUUUUUUUGCCAACUUCAGCAACAACUACAAAAUGGUAUUAGUAGUGCGGAAUGACCUGAAAAUGGGUAAGGGCAAAAUCGGCGCACAGUGUGGUCAUGGUGCAGUUGGUGCCUAUCAGAAGGCCGUUCGACGCACACCGCGACUUGUGCGUGCCUGGGAGAGUGCCGGUUGUGCCAAAAUUGCGCUUCGCGUUGAAAGUGAACGAGAGAUGAUGGCGAUUAAGCACGCUGCGGAAGCGAAUAAUCUCACUACGUGUCUGAUUCGCGACGCCGGCCGUACACAAAUUGAACCCAAUUCGAAAACUGUUUUGGCCAUUGGUCCCGCGUCCGUGGAAGACAUCGACAAAGUGACAGGCCACUUGAAAUUAUUGUAGAGUUUCGCGUAACGUUCAAAUUCAAGAAUAUAAAGAUUACUAAAGCCAUACGCUUAUCAUUCUGAAAGAAACCCCAGAUAAUAAUAGACACCGCACCAAUGUAAUCUCCAGCAGUAGAAGGUUCAUUUACAUAAAUACUUUA